AGUUACAUCUUCACCUAGAGCAUUUUGAUAAUGUCUAGACUUGUUUGUUAGAGGCAGCAUUUUUGUACUUGCACCAUGUUUCACACUAGGAACUGCAUCAACCCAGAGACACUUAUAAAGGUUUAAUGUCCAGAGAGGCUAAUUCUCCCAUAUCCAACACAAGUUCUACUUUAAAGCAAUAUUCUCGAAUAAUUUAAGCCUUAAGUUCCCCCAAGGACCUCUCUGCAGAUCCAUCUCUGUAUGCAAAAAGGUGAAAUAUCACAAAACUCAUCAAGAGCUUUUCUUUUUAAAGGCUUUUACCUCCAGGGUUGACUCCCUGUGGCUGACUGGGAUGCUAAAAGUUCUGCUAGCUGAAGCUACGAGGUGACGGGGAAGCAAGACAGGAAAGAAAAGACGAAAAAACCAAACCUCUGCUCUCUCCAAUGCUUGAAUUCCUUCAGAAGUCUGCAAAAAGCAUUCAGGAAGCCACCUACAGCCGGAGAGUUGUGCAGCAGCAUGGGCCUCAGCUGCUUCAAGUCCUGGAAACAUGAAAGUAGUCACAAAGGGAACAGAGACGUGUUGGCCAGCCCAGGAUCCUACUUCUUCCUGUCUAACAGUGCUGGUCAGGGAGACGAGUGGCUGAAGAGCCUCAACAAGGGAGUCUGGAUCCCCUUCACAGGGGUCUUCGGCCAGCGUCUGGAGGAGACAGUGCUGUAUGAGCGGCGCUAUGGGGUGCGUUUGGUUCCUCUGGUGGUGGAACAGUGUGUGAACUUCAUCCGGGAACGUGGCCUCCAUGAGGUGGGUUUGUUCCGUCAGCCGGGGCAGGCCAGUCUGGUCAAAGAGCUGCAGGAGGCGUUCGAUUCAGGGGAGAGGCCAUCCUUCGACAGUAGCACAGACGUCCACACGGUGGCGUCGCUGCUGAAGCUCUACCUCAGACAGCUGCCGGAGCCUCUGGUUCCUUACAGCCGCUACCAGGACUUUCUGCUCUGCGGCCAGAAGCUGUCAAGUGACCGAAUGCUGGGUUUAAGAGAUCUGAGGAAACUUCUUCAUGAGUUACCGGUUGCAAACUUCAACUUACUGAACUUCAUCUGCCAGUUUCUGAAUGAGGUCCAGAGUUACUCCGGCACUAACAGGAUGAGCGUCCAGAACCUGGCCACCGUGUUCGGACCAAACAUCCUCCGAGCCAAAGCCGAGGACCCGCAAAGCAUCAUGGGAGGUGCAGCUCUGGUCCAGGUUCUGAUGUUAGAACUGAUCAGAGAACACGAGUCUCUGUUCGCUAAAAUCCCUCCGUCCGUCUUCGUCUGUCCACCCGGAGGUCCUCACGCCUCGCCGGCCGCCCUGAAGCAGCCUCACCUCCACCCGCUGCCCUGCCUCCGCCAGCUGUCCCUGCCCCUCAUCGCAGAACGCUCCGGAGAACCGGAACAGGAGAACGCCAGAACUGACUGUCUUUCCUCUGCUGCUGCCAGGUCAGAUUUCGUUCAGAAGCGACUCCUCGGCCAUCGCUACACCUCCUCCCACCCAGAGAACUGCUUCUACCCGCCACCCUCCUCCAGUCAACUUGUCCAGAACCGCUCUGGCAGAACCAGCGUAGAGUACCACCAGCACCAGACCGGCCGAGGAACGUCCCCAGUGGCAGCCUCCACGUCCAGCCUCCAGCUCCAGGACCCGCUGUCCGACGGCUCCAAGCCCAGAGUGAAGCUGACGGGCUGGGCUAAGGCCUGGUCCGGUCCAGAAGAGGAAGGAGCUUUCUGGAGACCUGAGGAGGAACAGGCUGCAGUUCCAGAAAGAGCCAGCAGGGGCAGCAGCGAGGCUCAGGAGGACAGCACCCCCUCUGUCUACGAUAACCUGGACCGAGCGUCUCCACAGCAGGAUGACGCCGGUGGACAUCUGGAAGCUACAUCUCCAGGAGGACAUGUGGGUGAAGAGGAAGUGGAGGAGGUGAGACAGAGGAAGGACUCUUCUUCUUCAUGGUCCUCCUGUGAGGUUUUACCUCUGGAUGAGAGCAGUGAUGACGUGGAGGUGGUUAGUCCUGGUCUGGUACCACAACGGUCCAAGAGUUUACCCACAAGUAGAGUAGCAGAAGAAGAAAACAGCAUCAAAGUCGAUGAAGAUGAUGAUGAUGUCCACCAUCCCAACUCCCUGGCCUCCGGUUCUGUUCUCAGUGACAGUCCUCUCAGUACAGGAAGUUCUGAGGUGUUCCUCCCCUCAGGUCCUCCAGACCUCCAGGACCCCAAGGACCACCACCAGCCCUGCGACGCUCACUCCCUCCUGGCCAAGCUGAGGCAGCAGAUGGCCCAGCAGAGGGCCGAGUACCAGGCCAGGAUCCAGAGGCUGGAACGUUGCAACGACGUUCUCGAGCGGCAGGUCGCCGUCCUCCGAGUCCGUCUGGAGCAGCAGAAACGCAGCCGGAGCGUCGCUGAGCUCAAGAUCCGCAACAUGGAGCGAGCUAAAGCUGACGCUGACCGCCGAAACUCCACGCUGCAGAAGGAGAUGGAGAUGUUCUUCCAGAUGUACGGAGACUUCAGAAGAGGAGGAGGAGGCAAAGACAGAAUGGGGAGCAUCUGAGGACGGAGAAGAUCUGUUGGUUCCACGAGACUCAGAGAACUUCCCUCACCCUUCAGCUGGAUCGGUUCACUGGAACCUCUCAUGGAAAUUCCCCUUGUCUUCCUGCUUUCAGCCAUAAAAGUGAAGCCAUAAACUUUCCUCAAACUUUGAAUAUUCCAAACUCCAUCCAUCUGUGAAGCUCAGGCAGGUUUUAUACCAGAGACUGCUUUAGUAGAACUUCUCCAAUCUUCAGCUGAUGAAAUGUUUGGACUGAAAUAUCAUAGAGGAGCUUGUGUCCUUUAACCUGACUCUUUCUGGUUUUUUUCCCCUUCAUUUUGGAUUAUUUCCUGCAUUCCGGCUUCUCCAACACUAUUUUUUUCAACUUCAUUUUUUUGGGCUUUCAUAGAUUUUCCUCCACAAAACUUCAACAGCAAAGGCGUCCUGUUUUAUUCUACGAUAAAAUCAAACAUUUCACAGUUCUAAUGUCCACAUCUGGUGCUUCUACAUCUUCAUCGACCUUCCAGAAAACGCUGGUGGUUCAUUUUCUACCAACUACAGCCACAUUCACAGCAGUUAUAUACUGCAAACCAGGGAAAAACAUUUACGUUUAAUCAUCUGAAUGUCCAAGUUUCCUUUCUUUCACACCUCAGGAGUGAAGUCAAUGAGGAUUUCUGACCUUCUUGCUAUCUUUCCUCUAUUUUACAGCCCUAGAUUUACCUGAACACAGUACACACUCAACAUAUUACGUCUUUGAAAGUUUAAUAAAUUCACUGUUUUUGAUAAAAUAAAUGUUCGUUUUGAGUUUGAUGCCAGCAAAGUGUUUAAAAAUUUUGGAAUUGGUUCAACAAGAGACUGGAAAAGUUGUGUAACACCAAGAACAAACACCUGGUGGAACCCAUCACAACCAAUCAGGGUUUUUCUGACAACAAAUUUGUGUUCAACUGACUGCCUGAAUGUAAAAAAGUGUUUUAGUAAGAUAAUUUUCUGGGAGCCAUUUUGAAUCUGCUUGGAUCAGACGUCUACCAACAUUUUAGUUUAAAUGGUUCAACUUUUCUCACCAAUCAGUUCUGAAAGUUAAAAGAAAAUAAUUUUAUUUUCCUGUUUUUGGGUGACUAAUAGUUAUAAAGUGUGUUUUGUUUUUCAGUAAAUGUCACUAUUUGACUUCUGCAUUAUCCUUUUUUUGUUAACGUGAGCUCAAAGACGGAACUUUUCAUGCCAGCUUCGUUUUUUCAUAUUUUAAUCCCCCAUAAUCAGAGAUUAUUUGAUGCAUUUGUCUAAUAUUCUAGAUUCUGAAUCAAUGACCUGAUGUUGAGAAAUGACCGUGAAGAUUUAAGUUUUUAUCUUUAAUAGUUCCUCAGAGUUUAAUGUUCAAACAUACUUAAAUUUGAAUGUGUGAAAAAAUGUGCUGAAAGUUUCUCAAUAGGAAAUUUGAAAAAUAAGAAUCUUAGAAAAUAUUUGCUGAUGAUUUGAGAUAAAAUAAACCAAAAACGGUUUUACUUUCCUGAGACGCAGCUGUAGGUUUAGUUUUAAACUUUAAUAUGUUCAGUUAGAGUCCGAUCUGCUCAUUUUUAUUGAUAAUCCUUAAUAUUUAUCCAUUUACACACUAGUCCUCAUUCCUUCCUGACUGUAUUGUUUGGCUGGAUUUUAAAACUUAUCCAGGGAUUUUUUAAACUGUCACCGGAUCUGUUGAAAUAUUUGGCACGUUUUGAAAUCGAAAAUACACCGAAAAUACACCGAGUUUGACAAAAGUAAGGAACUACCAAGAAAAGGCCUGUUGAGUUGUUUGCUUCUAAAACACAUGAAAGUGAUGACAUGAACAAAUAAAAGGGCAGCAGUAAAGGCAAAAAGAUGGUUCCCGUGGUUUCUAGUAAACCUGAGUACCUAAAACAAAUCUACAUUCUGUGUCACUGGAGCAAACUUUGUUUGGUUUUUACUGCUUCAAUGAGUGAAGCUACGUCAGACAUGAGGAUGCAUGAAGACACUUUCAAGAAAACGUUUCAAUUUUCACCUCCUUCGAGCUGAAACCGAAGCGGAUUGAAUUCUGUCCUGCCUGUGAAUGAAUGUGCAUCAGAUGAAACCUGCUCG